UUGGGCCUGGGCCUCGUUCCUCCAGAAGCUCUCCUCCCCCUCCACGGCCGCAGAAAAACCCACGCGAAUGCCACUGCUCCUCGUCGCCGCGCCUCCUCGCAGCCAAAACCCUAGCACACGCCCCAAGCCACGCUCCGUCUUCGAGAGCCGCGGCGCCUCCAGAAGCUUCCGGGAGCGCAGCGAUGGUGUGGUUCCAGUGCGAGGACUGCGGCGAGAACCUCAAGAAGCCCAAGCUUGCCGGCCACUUCCGCUGCUGCUCCGCCUACAAGCUUUCGUGCAUCGAUUGCGGCGAGUUCUUCAGCCAGGACACCGUGCAGGCGCACACCCAAUGCAUCUCCGAGGCCGAGAAGUAUGGUCCCAAGGGACAGAGCAAGCCAUCCAAUGGUGUGCAGGGUAAGCCAGAUAAGCCAAAGCCAAAUGCCGAUGUUGAUAUCAAUGUUGGGCUAUCGACACGGCCUCCAUGGUUCUGCAGCCUAUGCAAGACUACUACCACUAGCAAGCAAACUCUCUUACUACAUGCUGAUGGAAAGAAGCACAGGGCAAAAGCAAAAGCCUUUCACGUUUCUCAGAAGCAAGCAAAUGGAACUGCACAGACUCUAGACGAGAAGGAAACUGGUGGUGUGCCAACAAAGGAACCUAUACAAGUAAAUGAUGGGAAGAGUGCUGAUAGCAAGGGAGAUGAAGACAAAGAUUCUGGGAAAAGGAAGAGAGUGGAUGACACGACCACAGAGGAGCCAGAUAAUGUGAAAAGACAAACUUUAUCGAGUUUGAGCAUCGGAGAGGUGAUACAAGCUGAAAAUGGAAAGCCAGAAAACAAAACAAAUAGUGAGCGUACUGCAGAUGAACUACCCAGUGGUGCUGACCGUAAAAAUGUUGAUAAACAAAAAAUCAAGUGGAAGAAGAUUGUUACUAAAGCACUGAAGACGAACCCGGAUGGAGUUAUGAAGCUAAAGAAGCUACAAAAGCUAGUCAUUAAGAAACUUCAGGAAUGUGGUCUGACUGAAGAUAAGGAGGGGCUCCGUGCUACCUUGAUGGAUAAAAUAACCUCAAGCUCCAGGUUUUCUGUUGAUGGAAAACGCAUUAGAUUGGUGGCGAAGAAUGAAGAAUCUUAGACUGGUUGUCAAUCCUUUUUUGCAAUUAAUUAAUGGUCUCAUUCUUGAGUGUCAACUUUCUGAUGGCUUGUAGCCAAGUUUUGGUUCAAUCGAAUGUAACGCAUGGAUCAUAUGUACAAUCCAAGAAGUACGGGAAUUUGGUAUUUGAUUUUUCUUUUUAAGCCACCA